CCCACCGCGCUCCUGGGCCGUGACGUCAUCGCGUGACGGUCAGGUCCGCUAGUCGCGUCUCUGUCGGGACUGUACUUAACCGCUGCAGUUUAGUGCAGAUUAUCCCGGACAAACAACCGUCCCCGAGGACCGGGACCGGGCAGCUCGGCAGCGGAGCGGCUUUACUCUCUCUCGGUGUUGGAGUGACUUCCUAAAAGUUCCUCGUGAAUGUAAGUCGAACAGCAGACGUCGCGAAGUAAACAGAGCUCGUCUGGAGAGUUAACGUUAGCGUCUGAAAGUAACGGAAGACUUUAACGGAAGAGAGCUCGGAAGACAUCAGCGACAGACGAGGAGAGAUGGAGCUGGAGGACGGCGUCCUUUACCAGGAGGACCCGGGCGCUUCUGCGGUGAUGUCCGAGCGGGUGUCCGGCUUGGCGAGCUCCAUCUACCGCGAGUUCGAGCGGAUGAUCGGCACGUACGACGAGGACGUGGUGAAGGAGCUCAUGCCGCUCGUCGUGGCGGUUCUGGAGAACUUGGACUCGGUGUUCGCGGAGAAACGGGAGCAGGAGGUGGAGCUGGAGCUGCUGAAGGAGGAAAAAGAACAACUAGCAACUCAUCACUAACUACAAAAGGCACAGAGGAAGAGCGCCGAGGAGAGAUAUAUUGAGUAUGAGGACUCUCAAGAACAGGAUAAGAAAGAUCUCCAGAACCGCGUGCAGAUGCUGGAGGCUCAGACCAGACAGAUGGAGCUCAAGACCAAGAACUACGCAGACCAGAUUGGAAGAUUAGAUGAGCGUGAAGCCGAGCUGAAGAAAGAGUACAAUGCCCUGCAUCAGAGACACACAGAGAUGAUCCACAGUUACAUGGAGCACUUGGAACGUACCAAAUACCAUCAGAUGACGGGAGAGACCACAGACGCUGCGAGUCAGAGCAGACUGAGGAAGGAGCGUCCCGUCUCUCUGGGUAUCUUUUCAUUGCCAGGAAGCGAUGUGAUGAGCCCAGAUCUGAACAGGGAAGCCGUGGAGACUCCAGGAACGGACACAUGGAGAUAUAACAAUCUCAGCCACCCUCACUCCAACACCAGCCUCAAGCUGGAGGGGAAUGAAUCCCUCGGGAGAGGGGACGGUAAGAGUUCACAGGAGUGUUUGGAGACCCAGUGGAGCGACUCCAGUAAGGAUGAGCUUUCUGGUGCCGGUAGAGCAGAGUCCACAUCCAGCGCAGCCAAGUCUGCAGCCGCGUCAGAUGUAGCGAUGGCAUCGGGUUCGGACAGGAACCUGGACUCCAGCCGCGCUAAACCAGACAGCAGGAAGAACAUCGGCGUACAGGACGCUGAGGCAUCAGAGACGUCUACAGGAGCCGAUCAAAGUGAGAAUGCGGAGCGAUCGGAGGUGCAGGCCAUCAUUGAGUCCACACCUGAGCUGGACAUGGACCUCAGCGGGUGCAAGGGCUCCAGCACUCCCACUAAAGGCUUGGAGAACAUGGCCUUCGACCGUAACACGGACUCUCUGUUUGAGGAGCUCUCGACGGCAGGAACCGAUCUCAUAGGAGACGUGGACGAAGGUGCAGAUCUGCUGGGUAUGGGUCGUGAAGUCGAACACCUGAUCCACGAGAACACGCAGCUGCUGGAGACAAAGAACGCUCUGAAUGUGGUGAAGAACGACCUGAUCGCUCGUGUGGAUGAGCUGGUGUGUGACAAGGACGUUCUUCAGGGCGAGCUGGAGGUGCUGAGACAGGCCAAAGACAAACUGGAGGAGAGGAACAAGGAGCUGGAGGAGGAGCUCAGAAAAGUCCGAGCCGAGCUGGAGGACGCCAAACUGAAGACCAAAGAGGACGAUGAUAGCGAGGUGCCGACGGCCCAGCGCAAGCGCUUCACGCGGGUGGAGAUGGCCCGAGUGCUGAUGGAGAGGAACCAGUAUAAAGAGAGGCUGAUGGAGCUGCAGGAGGCCGUCAGGUGGACGGAGAUGAUACGAGCGUCGAGAGAGAAUCCAGCCUUGACUGAGAAGAAAAAGUCCAGUAUCUGGCAGCUAAGUUUCAGCAGGCUCUUCAGCUCUUCCUCCAGCACCGCAGCCAAGAAACCAGACGCACCGGUUAACAUGAAGUACAACGCGCCCAGCUCACACGUGGUCCCCUCGGUGAAGAAGAGGAGCAGCGCUCUCGCUCAGCUGCCGGGGGACAGAUCCAGAGCCUUCGACUUCCUCAGUGACGAGGCUGAGGUGGAGAGUGUAGUGUCACGCAGAGAGCAGAAGAGAGCUCAGUACAGACAGGUGAAGGCUCACGUGCAGAAAGAGGACGGCCGCAUGCAGGCGUACGGAUGGAGUUUACCUCCAAAAUACAAGGUUGCAAAUAGUGGACAAGGGGAUAGUAAAAUCAAGAACCUGCCCGUGCCCGUCUACCUGCGACCGCUAGAUGAGAGAGAUGCUUCCAUGAAGCUGUGGUGCGCUGCAGGAGUCAAUCUGUCGGGUGGAAAGACUCGAGACGGAGGCUCCAUCGUGGGAGCGAGCGUGUUCUAUAAAGACGUGUCUGGAGGAGAGAGUGGCCCCAUGGGCCCCAGGAAGAAGAGAGGAUCUCGGAGCAGUCUGGAGCGCCUGGAGCAGGAACUCAAGGAGCAGCAGAAGGAGCUGCGGCACCAGGAUGAACUCUCCAGUCUGGUCUGGAUCUGCACCACCACACACACUUCCUCUAAAGUCAUCGUCAUCGACGCCAACCAGCCCGCAGACGUCCUGGAGAGCUUCUUCGUCUGUAACUCUCACGUGCUGUGCAUCGCCAGCGUCCCCGGUGCUUGUGAAACAGACUAUCCUGCGGGAGAGGAGCUGCGCGCACACGCUGAGGCCGAAGGGGCUUCUGGAGUCAGCAGUAGAGGCUCUGACGGAGGUCUGGAGGGCAUCGCUGUCAUGGGCUGCUCUGCAGAAGGACUCGUGGCCGUCCCUCAAACCGUCUGCAACAACUCCGUCGAGUCCUCAGACACCGACGAGGGUUUGCUGCAGCAGCGUCAGGACGGAGUGACCGCAGCAGAAGAAGCUCUGGAGGCCACGGAGAGCAGCAGCAACACGCCUGCGGAUGAAACCCUCAACCUACACCUACAACACGUGUUCACCGACCCGCUGGGGGUUCAGAAGAGAGACACGGCAUCCAGCUACACGCAGAGGGAGUGUGAUCUGGUGAAGGACGGCGUCAGCUCGAUGCCCGAGCAGCAGGAUCUCGUGAGAGAGGAAGCCUGUAAGAUGAGCAGCGUUCUGCCUACAAUGUGGCUCGGGGCUCAGAACGGCUGUGUAUACGUGCAUUCAUCUGUCGCUCAGUGGAGGAAGUGCCUUCACUCCAUCAAGUUAAAGGAUUCUGUCCUGGGGAUUGUUCAUGUGAAAGGACGUGUUCUGGUAGCUUUGGCUGAUGGCACGCUUGCUAUCUUCCACAGAGGAGUUGAUGGCCAGUGGGAUCUGACCAACUACCACCUGUUAGAUCUGGGCCGUCCGCAUCACUCCAUCCGCUGCAUGACUGUAGUGCACGACAAGGUCUGGUGCGGAUACAGGAACAAGAUCUUUGUGGUGCAACCCAAAGCCAUGAAGAUCGAGAAGUCCUUCGACGCUCACCCGCGUAAGGAGAGUCAGGUGAGGCAGCUGGCGUGGGACGGUGAUGGGAUCUGGGUGUCCAUCCGUCUGGACUCCACCCUCAGACUGUUCCACGCUCACACACAGCAGCACCUGCAGGACGUGGACAUCGAGCCGUACGUCAGCAAGAUGCUGGGCACCGGGAAGCUGGGCUUCUCUUUCGUGCGGAUCACCGCUCUGAUGGUCUCCUGCAGCCGUCUGUGGGUGGGAACCGGGAACGGCGUCAUCGUCUCCAUCCCUGUCUCUGAGAAGAGUAAUGACACAGCGGUGGCGGCGGGGUCAGAUCGUCCAGGCGGAGCGGUCCGUGUCUACAGUGAUGAGAGCGGAGAUAAAGUCACGGCGGGAACCUCUGUGCCCUUCUGCUCCAUGGCUCACGCCCAGCUGUGCUUCCACGGACACAGAGACGCCGUCAAGUUCUUCACCGCAGUCCCAGGAGUGGAGGCGUCUGAUUCUCCGGAGCUGGUGAAGUCUGUGCUGGUCGUGAGCGGAGGAGAGGGCUACAUUGACUUCAGGAUGGGAGAUGAAGGAGGAGACGCAGAAAACAUGGACGAGCCCACCCUCACCCUGCAGCCCCUCCUGGCCAAAGCUGAGCGCAGCCACCUCAUCGUGUGGCAGGUCAUGACCGGAGACGAGUGACGCUUCGGACCUCCAGCAGUCGUGCUCUUAUGAACUCUGCUUUUGCCCGUCAUCUUCGGCAAGUGCUUCCUUUAGCAGAACAGAUGGCAAAUAAAGGGCGAUUCUGUAUUUUUGGGUGAAAGCACUUAACUAGAAGAGCUUUUGUGUUUGUUUGUGGGAUGUUUUCACUGAUAAGCGCUCUUUCAAUCCUUCCAGAUAAAUCAUCCACUUUUUUCAUAUGAAUGUCGCACGGUUACCAAA